GUCCUUGAGACCGUUUCACUUUUCCACACUCCCUUAACGCUGCUUUUCUUCUUCCUCCUCCUUAAUCAUUUCCCCUUCGUUUUCCCCCGGCCAUGAGUGCCGCCACUGAAGCCGCCGCUCGUUCCGUCAAGAUCGUCAAGCAAUUCAUCACCCUCCUCCGCCGUGGCUUCAACUCCUCCAAAUGUAAAACGGCGGCGAAAAUGGCGGUGGCGAGGAUAAAGCUACUGAGGAACAAACGAGAGGCGGUGGUGAAGCAGAUGAGACGCGACAUUGCUCUGCUACUUCAGUCUGGUCAGGACGCCACUGCUCGUAUUCGGGUUGAACAUGUGAUAAGAGAACAGAAUGUUUUAGCUGCGAAUGAGAUAAUCGAGCUCUUCUGUGAGUUAGUUGUAGCUAGAUUAUCAAUAAUAGCAAAACAAAGGCAAUGUCCGGCAGAUCUAAAGGAAGGGGUUGCUAGUUUGAUCUUUGCAGCUCCGAGGUGCUCGGAAAUUCCAGAGCUUUCUGCACUUAGGAAUGUUUUUGAGAAGAAAUAUGGGAAGGAUUUCGUCUCUGCUGCCAUUGAUCUGAGGCCUAACUGUGGAGUGAAUCGGCUGCUGAUUGACAAGCUCUCGGUUCGAACUCCAACGGGUCAAGUGAAGCUUAAAAUAAUGAAGGAGAUUGCUAAGGAGCACAAGAUUGAAUGGGAUACAACAGAAUCUGAGAAAGAGCUGCUAAAGCCUCCUGAAGAACUUAUUGAAGGGCCUCGGACUUUUGUAAGUGCUGCCAGCUUACCUGUGAAGCCUGUAGUAAGCCACUCUGCUGGAGACAAUGCUCAAAAUGAAAGAACCAGGAACAGUAGAGAGGAUGAAAGUAUGCACUUUCAAGAUUCAGCAUCAGCUGCAGAAGCUGCUGCAAAAGCAGCAAAGCAAGCAAUUGCUGCUGCUGAGGCAGCUGCCUAUUUGGCGAACAAAGACUUGAAUCGGGAUGCUCAAGACUCAGGUUUCGGUCUCGGAUUUGGAGGCUCUCCUGCUAAUUCUACCCCAACCAACUCUCAUAAUAUGGAUCAUCGGUUCAAGACAGGAGAAGAGAGAACAACCCCAACUCAGAGCUUUGGCAGGUGCUCCUCCCUUAAGAAUGAGGACACUGGGAAUGUAAAUACAGAUUAUGAGAUGGCUUACAGGAGACAUAGCUAUAAUCCCACGGACAUAAAAUUUGAUGAAUCAGAUUGUGAAGAAGAAACUCAAAUGGACGAAGGAGCUGGCAGAGGUGUUAGUCGACCCCCUGAUCGGAAUCCUCCACCAGUACCUUCGUCUCGUGUUCACCCCAAGCUGCCUGAUUAUGACACACUUGCAGCUCGUUUCGAAGCUCUCAAGUACAGGAAAACUUGAACUUGGAACGUUGCUUUGAUUUUGUGGGUUGGUUUAGUGGCAUGUUAACUACUCAACCGUAUUGCAUUCAAAUAAACCUAAAAUCAGUAGUUUAAGAUUCA